AUGGAUAAUUACGAGAAAAUUUAAGAGAUCGGCAAAGGUAGCUUCGGAUCAGUAAGUAAAAUUAAAAGAAAGGCAGAUGGCAAGGUUCUUGUUUGGAAAGAGUUAAAUUACGGGAAAAUGUCAGACAAGGAAAAGCAGCAGCUUGUAUCAGAAGUGAAUAUUUUAAGAGAGUUAAAACACCCUAAUAUUGUCCGCUAUUAUGAUAGAAUCAUAGACAAAGACUAAGCAAAAAUUUACAUUGUGAUGGAGUACUGUGAAGGUGGAGAUAUGGCUGCUCUUAUCAAGAAACAUAAGAGAGAUAAAGAAUUCGUUUCUGAAGAGAAAAUUUGGAAGAUAUUAGCCUAGAUUGUUUCAGGCUUAUACUCUUGCCAUCGUAAAAAGGAAGGAAAUAGAAUCCUUCACAGAGAUUUAAAGCCGGGUAAUGUAUUUUUCGAUUCCUCAGGGAAUGUAAGAAUCGGUGAUUUUGGGCUAUCUAGAAUGAUGGGAGAAGAAUCAGUCUACGCCUAGACACAUGUAGGAACACCUUACUAUAUGUCACCUGAGUAAAUUUCGGACUAGAAAUACAAUGAAAAGAGUGAUAUAUGGUCUGCUGGCUGUGUAAUAUAUGAGCUCUCAGCUCUUAGAGCUCCGUUUGAAGCAACUAAUCAGAUUUAAUUAGCAAUGAAAAUUAAAUCAGGUAAAAUAGAAAGAAUCCCUACAUAGUAUUCAGAUGAAUUGUUUAAAGUCAUCUAAUCUAUGAUGAGCUUAGAAAAAGAUCAAAGACCAAGUGUUGAUGAUCUAAUGACUAUCCCAAAGAUUAGUCAUUUCCUGAAGGAAAAUCAAAUGAAGGAAAUAAUAUCGCAGAGUCAGAGAAAAGAAGAGGAAUUAAUGAAAAAAGAUAAAAUGAUCAAGAAAAGAGAAGCUGAAAUAGAAAAAAUAAUGAAAGAACUUGAUGAAAAAGAUUUAUAACUAAAAGAAAUGGAAGAAAAACUUUUGGCGAGAUAAUAGAAACUUUAGCUGUCAACUACACCGCUCAUUAAAACUGAGAAAAGCUAUGUUGAAGACUCACCCAAGAUUAGUAAUCAUGCUACUCGAAGACCAGAAAGUUCACGAAGAGUCAGUGGAACUUCUUAAUCAAGAGAUUCGUUGCCUUAGCAAAGAGAGCAAACUAAGUAUAAUCUAGAAAACUAUAAAAAUAACGAGAUAUAUUUAAGCAACGACAACUUUUAGAAGCCAAAGUUGCUUGAUAAAAACUAUCAAAUGAUUCCUGAUAGAAAGCUCAAACUUAAUAAAAAGAAGCAUUAUUACCCCCUUCAAGAGAAAAAACUUAUCUAAAACCUCCUAUUCUCAGAAACCAAGAGACAACAACAAAACCAAUCCCAGAUUAUAAUCAAAUAGUCUAGUAGAGAUAGAAACUAGUAUAAUGGCAUUACUAAUGGUUCAUAUGAGUAAAAUAAUCAAAAUGUAUCAGGGAGCUAUGACUACAAUAACGGUUCCUUCCAAAAGUAUAGAGUAGAUACCUCUUAAGAACGCAGAAAAAAUGAGUAUUAACCAGUAAGAAGAACAAGCAUGGGAGGAUAAUCAGGAAAUAUUAGUACACCAGCAUCAACAAGCCAAAGUUCUAAAAAUAUCAGAAAUGCUCUAGAGGAAAUCACUUAGAAAAUACAGAAUAAAUAUCUUAAUUGA